AUGGCUCGUAACUUCUUUUUGGGUCCAAUUUUGGCUUCGAAAACAGGCUCGAUACCCCAAGAGAUCUACGAUGUAAUGCUUUCCGACUCGGCAAACAUAUACUUCUGGGCUUUCACCGGCAGAGCUGAUUUGGCGCACGUGUACAUCAUUGGCGGUUGGGCAAUCGUGAUCGGGAUUUCGUUUUAUGUGCUCAUCAUGACUUAUUGUGAAAUUGAAUUGAUCAGCUCAUGGAGAUCGUUUAAUGGCUAUCAAAAGGUUUACAAGCAUCAAAGCCAUGAAAACCAAUGUGAGAUGACAUUUGGCGUCUAUUUGCCUUGUGCAACACAUCAUACUGGACCUCGUCCGACACUCUUUUUCUUGUCCGGUAUCACUGCAACUCAUGCGAACUUUAUCGAGAAGUUCGGUCCACAGCGACUCGCUGACAAAUAUGGUUUCAUCAUCAUUAAUCCAGACACGUCACCAAGGGGAGAUGAUGUGCCCGAUAUGGAUGGGCCCGACUUUGGAAAGGGUGCCGGUUUUUACCUUGAUGCCACUGAAGAGCCAUGGUCGAAAAACUAUCGGAUGUACUCGUAUGUGACAAAAGAACUUCUUGACAUUAAUUUCCCCAUUGAUGAGGAGAAGAUCGGGAUUUUCGGGUUUUCUAUGGGCGGACAUGGAGCGAUCACGAUUGGAUUGAAGCACCCAGAAAUCUUCAAGUCGAUCUCCGCUUUUGCCCCGGUUUGUCAUCCAGCGAAAAGCUUCUUCGGAAGACGGCUCUUUGCUCGUUAUUUGGGCACUGAUGAGGCAACUUGGGCUGAUUACGAUUCUUCCAUGCUUGCUGCCAGAUACACUGGACCUAAACGAGUCAUACGAGUUGACAUCGGAGCCAUUGAUCCGUUUUUGGUGAAAAAGGAACUUCAGCCAGAAUCCAUUCAAAACAACGAGCAUUUAGAAGUGGAUUACCAUUGCCAACCCGAUUACGAUCACUCACAUUGGUUUGUCGCCUCGUUCAUCGAGAAACAUUUCGAGCAUCACGCAAAAGAGCUCGGUGUU